CCCAAUAAUCUUUUUUCUUAUGAAGAUAAUUCAUGUAUUUUUGUGCUCUAUAAAUCCAACCCUUUGAAAUGGGUUGGUAAUUGAUAAAAUUGUAGCACUUUUGGUUCAAAGAUGUCUGGGACAAGAGUUAAAGCACAGAGCAGAGCUUUGGUCAUCAUAUUUGGCCUUCUCUGCUUGCUUUUGCAAAGUGAAGAAUCCCACCAUGGAACUGAAUAUGUAGUGGGAGAUGACAAGGGCUGGGACCUGUAUCCGGAGGUAUCCAAUUGGGGGAAAGACAAGCACUUCAAGGCUGGAGAUGUCUUGGUUUUCAAGUAUAGCAACCCAUUAUUUAGCGUGGCGGCUGUGGAUGCAAAAGGGUACCAAAGUUGUAGUGCAAAAGGCCAUCUUAAGAAGUUAUACAACUCUGGGGACGAUCAUGUGGUGUUGAAGAAGGGUCAAAACUACUUUAUUUGUAAUGUUAUAGAUUACUGUGGAUAUGGAAUGAGAAUUGCUGUUCAUGCAGAGUGAUUCAUCUAGCUAUAUAUAUGCUUGUUGUUACAGUAGUUUGUCUUUGCAAUAAAGAGUUUCUAGGAAGGAAAUGUUGCAAUAUUAAUCUUUUGUAUGUUAUUUUUCUGAAUUUAA